UACUCUGCUGAUCAAAUCAAAUUUAAUCUCUGCAUAAUGAACACAUCUGACAUGCAUAUACAACAUAUCAUGGUAAUGUGGAUUUAGGGACAUGCAUGCACCAUCUCCUCUCUCAUGUCAAAGCUGACAGGUGGUUUCUUCUAUAUAAGGAAAGAUAAAGAUUCACCCCAAAGUAUUCCCACUUAGGGUAGUUACAUACAUCAGACCGAAUACCGCAUCGCUUCCAACUCAAACAACACAAAGAAAAGCGCCCUUCUCCCUUCUUCCCCACAACCCAAAAAGCCAAAAAACCUUGCAUUCUUCCCAAGCAAUCACUCCACUUAUGUAUUAUUACACUAAAUAUAUAUAUAGGGAUACUGACAAUAUUCUUAUACACACAUAAAGAAAUAGAGCGGCCGGGCAGCCAAUUCUUGGGAGGAAAGAAGCCAUGUCGGAAGCCCUUCUGUUCGGCGAAAGAGAAGCUCAAAUCUUAGCCGCCAGAGAGAUCGGCAAGCUGAACAGUAAGCAAAAGCAGCGAUUAGCUGAAAACGGAGUCAUUUCUCAGUUGGUUCUCAUGCUUCAUAGCCAAGAUUAUGAGUCCAUUGAAGCUGCCCUAUUUGCUCUGCUCAAUCUUGCCUUCGGCAGUGAAAGGAACAAACGACGUAUAGCGAAAGCAGGGGCUGUACCAGCAAUACUCAAGAUCCUACAAUGGGAAAAUGUAAAUUUGCUCGAACUGGCAUUGGCUGCCCUCUUGAUCUUGUCUUCUUGCUCGGCAAAUAAGCCUGAAAUCGCGUCUUCCGGGGCGAUUCAGACUCUCUUGGAACUAUUGGACUCGCAGUUUCCGAUUUGCCAAAGCGUCAGUCAUCAGGCGAAGUUUGACAUCAUAUCCACACUGCACAAUCUCUCGACUUCCCCACAGAUUAUCCCAUCAAUAAUGCUUUCAGGGGGCUUGAUUAUAGUGAUUCAAUUUAUUUACGAGUCUGAGAAAUCAUCGGAGUUGGUGGAGAAGGCAAUGGCUUUGAUGGAAUCAAUCGUUUCUUCAUCUCAAGUUGCUUUAAAUCAGGCCUGUGAAGCCGGCGGUGUGAUCCGGAUGUUGGUGGAGGCGGUGGAGGAGGGAUCGGCCGCAUGCCAAGAGCAUGCAGCCGGAAUUCUGUUGCUGAUAUGCAAAAGCUGCAGGGAGAGAUACAGAGGGAUGAUUUUGAAGGAAGGGGCAAUGCCAGGGCUUCUACAGCUGACCGUUGAUGGGACUUGGCGUGCUAGAGACAAUGCCAAAGCGUUGCUUUUGUUGCUUAGAGAUUGCAACAACGGUGGAUCAUCGAGGGCCAAGCGCUCGAAGAACGUGGCAUUGGAAAAGGUUAUGCGAGAGAUAGAUAGAGGGGAAGGAACUGGAGCUUCUACUCUGAUGGUGGAGGAGAUGAUAGCCAAACUUAGAACAUGACAUAUUCUUUUAGUUAUAUACAUUAUGUCUUCUUUUUGUUUUUUAGUGGUGUACAAAAAAGAGGUGGUUUUUUGGCGGAAUUAGCGAUUGAUAGCAUUUAAUGGUAUCACUUUAUGUUUUUAAAUUAUGGUACUACAUUAUAGUUUCUUGUAUUUGUGUCAAGCAAUCAUUUGUUCAGAUCCAGAUCAGACAUAUAAGGUCUUUCACUUGGUACGCAAAGGAUAAUGUAAGUAGUAGAUUUAUGAUGAGUAAUUAAUUACCACUUGCUGUGUAAGAAACGGAAACUGACCACACUACUGGACUUAUCCAACUUGCAUCUAGAAUUCGUGCAAGGACCCACCCGUAGGCUAUAAACAUUGCACACACGAAUGUAGCAACUCUAAACUUUCUCUCACCAAGAAAAGAUAUAACCUACGUUAACUACAUUUGGACAAGCAACAAAAUACCUUUGUCUCUCCUCAAACUCAGGUUAAAGUGUGCUGCAUGAUCUUAGGGGAAUUCAGAAUCAAUGCAAUUAUGAUUCCAACAGGACUGUUACAUAUAGGUAAAAGUAUAUCAGCUCCAUUUACUGUACACAUGCCUCCUUUACUGUUGUUCAGCAGAAGCAUAAUAACCCUUGGGCAUGAACAAUGUUCAACACCUCGCAUUCUCUUUUCAGAGAAAUGUGUAAUAAGCAUGGUAUAUGAAUGAUAACGCCACACCCAGCAGAAUCAUGAACAAGCUAUAUGUUUGAAGAAGAUAGAUAAUCAUUUAUUCCACGGCAACACAUAAAUUCUCACAUUUUAGUUCCAGGCUGAAGCAGAGUAGGAUUAACUGUUCAUGUAUAAGUACCACCUGUAGAUGAUCAUCCUUGUCCUUGGGGUGAACUACUAGUGAAUAUUGAUACAAACCAGUCAACAAUGUGUACUAAAUCUCAAGUAACUUGAUUGUCGAGCUUUCACAGAAUCCUUUGUUUCAUUUCAGGUGGUCAUUUAAGAGUUUUAUUAUACUUGA